UAGACGUCAUCAGCGCGCGCCGCUUCCCUUGACAUUCACGGUGCAGUAUCCAUGCGGAAUGUUUUCUAGUUAAUUGUAGUUUUUUUAAUAACCGUGGGUAAAGGAAGUAACAAUGUCCGUGAAACAAGCCUCGAUACAUGCUAAAUGGAUUAUCGGGAGAGUCAUCGGAACUAAGAUGAGGAAAACAGCAAAAGUCCGGGUUACCAGACUGGUCCUGGACCCGUACUUACUCAAGUUUUACAACAAAAGGAAGACCUACUUCGCCCAUGAUGCCUUGGAGCAGUGCACUGUUGGGGACGUGGUUUUGUUGAAGGCUUUACCAGAGAGGCGAAGCAAACAUGUCAAACACGAACUGGAGGAGAUUGUGUUCAAGGUCGGGGCAGUUGUCGAUCCCCUGACCGGCAAGAAGGUCGCAGGUCCGCAGUAUCUCGAGCCUCUUACUGCGUCCACAGAAAACCCAGACGCGUCUUUAACGGAAAAAUUACAACAGCUGAACAUUUCCGCGGCUUCCUCACCCCAGAGUUCUGCCUCUUAACGUCAUAUUUUUUUAUAUUCAUUUGUGAACUACUUGUUGAUUUUGUCAUGCAGAUUAAAAAAAUAAUAAUAAUAAUGA